GUAAGGCAUUGCCCUUUCUGAUAGUUCUGACAUUCAGUUGGAAAUCUCUGUUGGGAGCAGAAGAAAUCUCAACUGGGAAGAGAAGGGAACGCUAUGAUGGAAGACGCUGGACAGAAUCCACUGGAUGAUGUGUAAGUAAUGGAAUAAUAAAAGAGUUCAGUAGAGGAAGCUCCACGGGAAGAGUCUCCAGCAAUCCAGUACCAGAUGAUAGAAUUACCAUCAUUAGAAGCCGUAAAACAGAACCUUGAUUGCCUGAAUUCAGACCUUGAAAAGGACCUGCAGAAACUGGAUAUGGAGAAUCAGGUUCUCCUUAGAAAGAUUAAAGAGAAAGAAGAAACUAUUCCAAGUCUGGAAAGAGAGCUGGCCUUGUCACUAGAACAAAUCAAAGAGGAGGAGGAGUUGAACUAUAUCAUAGAUGAUCAGGAGGAAUCCCUGAGGGAGCUGGAAUUGGAGACAGCAAAGCUGGAAAAAAGUAAUGCAAUCCUACGCAGGAAUGUGGUGGAGCUUCAGAAAAAGAUUUCAGGGCUAUUUACAAAUAUUGACCUUGAAGAAGAAGCCACAAAGCAGAUCCUGGAGGAAAUGAGGGCAAGACUACAGAAGUCAACAGAGUCCUGUGCAAAGCAAGAGGAGGAGCUGGCCAAGGUAGAGGCAGUGUCUCUUCCACUGAGGGUCUGUCAAGAUAGAAUGGGAGAGAAUCCCAAGGGUCUUAGAAACAGAUCUGUUGAGGCAUGGCGGGGGAGAAAUACCAGGAAGUUCUGAGGAAGAUGAAAGAGGAAAAGGAGGCGCUGCUUCUUGA